GGGUCAGGUGGUCAUGGUUCAGCAGAGCACUGGCUCAUCGACCGUGACGACCGAAACAGAGAGCAUGGACACCAAAGAUAUACAAACAAGCAAACAACCAGCUACCAGUCUCGAGCAAGCAACCAUCUCACCAUAUCAUCGCUCAUUGCAACCCGCAUCGCUAGCACCUCUCACUCUUGUUUCCUUGAACCACUCGAAAGCCGAUACAUAACCAACACUAAAGAUGCUCGCCCGUACCCUACGAUCCAACCUUCCCGCCUCGUCUCUACCUUUCCGUCUCGCCCCUGCCAUCACCCCCAUCUUCUCCCGAUCUCUCUCCACCUCCUCCUCUUCGCUGCCUUUGUCUUCUCAUCAAUCCGCUUCGAAACCUGCGAACACCAGCGCAUAUGGUAGGAACUUCCACGUCUCGGCCGUCAGGAAGAGCGAGGUCGAAGAGCCCAACACUCGUCCAGAGAUCAACACGCCCCCCUCGAUCUACAACUUCACCGAAGAGGAGGAGAUGUUGCGGGAGACCGUGAGGAAAUUCGCGCAGGAGGUCAUCGGACCGAAAGUGACCGAGAUGGACGAAUCCGAAGUCAUGGACCCUGAGAUCAUCAAGGGUCUCUUCGACCAGGGCCUAAUGGGUAUCGAGACGAGCGCCGAGCAUGGAGGGUCGGAGAUGAGCUUUAUGGCCGCUAUUCUCGCCGUCGAAGAACUGAGCAAGGUCGACCCGUCCGUCUCGGUGUGCUGUGAUGUACACAACACGUUGGUCAACUCGACCUUGAGGUUGUUCGGAAACGACUACGUCAAGGACAAGUACCUCCCCGGUUUGGCCACCAAUGUCCUCGGAUCGUUCUGUCUCUCAGAGCCCAACUCCGGGUCGGACGCCUUUGCGUUGCAGACGACGGCCAAGCUAGAGCCUGACGGCGAGCACUACAUUCUGAACGGGAGCAAGAUGUGGAUCACCAACUCGGGAGAGGCCGAUUAUUUCUUGGUCUUUGCCAAUAUCGAUCCGAGCAAGGGGUACAAGGGUAUCACGUGUUUCAUGGUGGAAAAGGAUUGGGGCGUGCAAAUUGCGAAAAAGGAGAAAAAGCUCGGAAUCCGGGCUUCGUCCACCUGCCUACUUAGUUUCGACGACGUCAAGGUACCGGCGAAAAACGUCGUCGGCGAGGUCGGCAAGGGGUACAAGAUCGCCAUCGAGAUCCUGAAUGAGGGGAGAAUCGGGAUCGCCGCGCAAAUGUUGGGCCUCGCUCAGGGGGCGUUCGACUAUGCGGUCACCUACGCUUUCCAGAGGAAACAAUUCGGAAAACCCGUCGGUGAUAACCAGGGGAUGGGCUUCCAGUUCGCCGAGGUUGCUACGGAAAUCGAAACGGCGAGGUUAUUGACCUACAAUGCGGCCAGGCUCAAGGAGGAAGGCAAGGAGUUCAAGAUCGCCGCCGCCAUGGCCAAGUACCACGCUUCCAAGGUCGCGCAGAAGGCUUCUGGGCUAGCGAUCGAAUGGUGCGGAGGGGUCGGGUUCACGCGAGACCUGCCCGUCCAGAAAUUCUGGAGAGACUCGAUGAUCGGAGCGAUUUACGAGGGAACCUCCAAUAUUCAACUUGAAACCAUCUGGAAAGACCUCAAGAAGAAGUACACCUAAGUGAAACGAGAUGAUUUGGGCACUCUUUCUGCGCAUAGGCCCACGUUUGUAAUCAAAUAGUCUAUGUCUAUGAUGUACGAUAACGCCAAAUGUAUUCUGAUCGUGAAC